AUGCCCAGUAUCACUGCAGACGUCAGGUAUCGCUGCAGACGUCAGGUGUCACUGACUGCAGACGUCAGGUAUCACUGCAGACGUCAGGUAUCACUGACUGCAGACGUCAGGUAUCACCGCAGACGUCAGGUAUCACUGCAAACGUCAGGUAUCACCGCAAACGUCAGACGUCAGGUAUCACUGCAGACGUCAGGUAUCACCGCAGACGUUAAGUAUCACUGCAGACGUCAGGUAUCACUGCAGACGUCAGGUAUCACUGCAAACGUCAAGUAUCACCGCAAACGUCAAGUAUCACCGCAGACGUUAAGUAUCACCGCAGACGUUAAGUAUCACUGCAGACGUCAGGUAUCACUGCAAACGUCAGGUAUCACUGCAGACGUCAGGUAUCACCGCAGACGUCAGGUAUCACUGCAAACGUCAGGUAUCACCGCAAACGUCAGACGUCAGGUAUCACUGCAGACGUCAGGUAUCACUGCAGACGUCAGGUAUCACUGUAGACGUCAGGUAUCACUGCAGACGUCAGGUAUCACUGCAGACGUCAGGUAUCACUGUAGACGUCAGGUAUCACCGCAGACGCAGGUAUCACUGCAGACGUCAGGUAUCACCGCAGACGUUAAGUAUCACUGCAGACGUCAGGUACCACUGCAGACGUCAGGUAUCACCGCAGACGUCAGGUAUCGCCGCAGACGUCAGGUAUCGCCGCAGACGUCAGGUAUCGCCGCAGACGUCAGGUAUCGCCGCAGACGUCAGGUAUCGCCGCAGACGUCAGGUAUCGCCGCAGACGUCAGGUAUCGCCGCAGACGUCAGGUAUCGCCGCAGACGUCAGGUAUCACUGCAAACGUCAGGUAUCGCUGCAGACGUCAGGUAUUGCCGCAGACGUCAGGUAUCGCCGCAGACGUCAGGUAUCGCCGCAGACGUCAGGUAUCACUGCAGACGUCAGGUAUCACUGACUGCAGACGUCAGGUAUCACCGCAGACGUCAGGUAUCACUGCAGACGUCAGGUAUCACUGCAGACGUCAGGUAUCACUGCAGACGUCAGGUAUCACUGCAGACGUCAGGUAUCACUGCAGACGUCAGGUAUCACUGCAGACGUCAGGUAUCACUGCAGACGUCAGGUAUCACUGCAGACGUCAGGUAUCACUGCAAACGUCAGGUAUCGCUGCAGACGUCAGGUAUCACUGCAGACGUCAGGUAUCACCGCAGACGUUAAGUAUCACUGCAGACGUUAAGUAUCACUGCAGACGUCAGGUACCACUGCAGACGUCAGGUAUCACUGCAGACGUCAGGUAUCACUGCAGACGUCAGGUAUCACUGCAGACAUCAGGUAUCACUGCAGAAGUCAGGUAUCACUGUAGACGUCAGGUAUCACCGCAGACGUCAGGUAUCGCCGCAGACGUCAGGUAUCGCCGCAGACGUCAGGUAUCGCCGCAGACGUCAGGUAUCGCCACAGACGUCAGGUAUCGCCGCAGACGUCAGGUAUCGCCACAGACGUCAGGUAUCGCCGCAGACGUCAGGUAUCGCCGCAGACGUCAGGUAUCGCCGCAGACGUCAGGUAUCGCCGCAGACGUCAGGUAUCGCCGCAGACGUCAGGUAUCACUGCAAACGUCAGGUAUCGCUGCAGACGUCAGGUAUUGCCGCAGACGUCAGGUAUCGCCGCAGACGUCAGGUAUCGCCGCAGACGUCAGGUAUCACUGCAGACGUCAGGUAUCACUGACUGCAGACGUCAGGUAUCACCGCAGACGUCAGGUAUCACUGCAGACGUCAGGUAUCACUGCAGACGUCAGGUAUCACUGCAGACGUCAGGUAUCACUGCAGACGUCAGGUAUCACUGCAGACGUCAGGUAUCACUGCAGACGUCAGGUAUCACUGCAGACGUCAGGUAUCACUGCAAACGUCAGGUAUCGCUGCAGACGUCAGGUAUCACUGCAGACGUCAGGUAUCACCGCAGACGUCAGGUAUCGCCGCAGACGUCAGGUAUCGCCGCAGACGUCAGGUAUCGCCGCAGACGUCAGGUAUCGCCACAGACGUCAGGUAUCGCCGCAGACGUCAGGUAUCGCCGCAGACGUCAGGUAUCGCCGCAGACGUCAGGUAUCGCCGCAGACGUCAGGUAUCACUGCAAACGUCAGGUAUCGCUGCAGACGUCAGGUAUCGCCGCAGACGUCAGGUAUCGCCGCAGACGUCAGGUAUCGCCGCAGACGUCAGGUAUCACUGCAGACGUCAGGUAUCACUGACUGCAGACGUCAGGUAUCACCGCAGACGUCAGGUAUCACUGCAGACGUCAGGUAUCACUGCAGACGUCAGGUAUCACUGCAGACGUCAGGUAUCACUGCAGACGUCAGGUAUCACUGCAGACGUCAGGUAUCACUGCAGACGUCAGGUGUCACUGCAAACGUCAGGUAUCGCUGCAGACGUCAGGUAUCGCCGCAGACGUCAGGUAUCGCCGCAGACGUCAGGUAUCGCCGCAGACGUCAGGUAUCACUGCAGACGUCAGGUAUCGCCGCAGACGUCAGGUAUCACUGCAGACGUCAGGUAUCACUGCAGACGUCAGGUAUCACUGCAGACGUCAGGUAUCACUGCAGACGUCAGGUAUCACUGCAGACGUCAGGUAUCACCGUAGACGUCAGGUAUCACUGUAGACGUCAGGUAUCACCGCAGACGUCAGGUAUCACCGCAGACGUCAGGUAUCACCGCAGACGUCAGGUAUCACCGCAGACGUCAGGUAUCACCGCAGACGUCAGGUAUCACCGCAGACGUCAGGUAUCACCGCAGACGUCAGGUAUCACUGUAGACGUCAGGUAUCACUGCAGACGUCAGGUAUCACCGCAGACGUCAGGUAUCACUGCAGACGUCAGGAAUCACUGCAGACGUCAGGUAUCACUGACUGCAGACGUCAGGUAUCACCGCAGACGUCAGGUAUCACUGUAG